CCUUUAAAUCUUUCUCUUCUUAAUUCCCAACCAUUUUCCAUUUCUUAGUCUCUGAAAUUUUCUUAGACUAUGAUAUGGGAACUCAUAAAAGAAACCCAGUUGUUCUUCUUCUGGCUUCAUUAACUUUUCUACUGUUUUCUUUUGCUCAGUUUUGCCGUGCGGUUAAUGAUACAAUCAGGCAAGGCGAAACAAUAAGAGAUGGCCACAGUUUGAAAUCGGAGAAUAAUUAUUUUCAACUAGGAUUUUUCAGUCCUGUAAACUCCACAUCUAGAUAUGUGGGGAUAUGGUACACGUUUGAUCAGAAAGCAGUUGUUUGGGUUGCCAACAGAAAAAGUCCAAUAUCAGACAGAAAUGGAGUUUUGAGGAUUGAAGUUGAUGGCAAAUUAGUACUCCGCGAUGGAAAUAACAAAUUAGUCUGGUUAGCUCCAGUUACAAGUUCGGCAAACAACACUGCAGCAAGACUCCAUAAUACUGGAAAUUUCGUUCUAUCAAGAAAUGAUAGUAUUGAUGAUAGUGAUGCUAAUACUGCCUUAUGGCAGAGUUUCAGUAACCCAACUGAUACGUUUUUGCCAGGAAUGAGAGUUCCAGUGAGUUCAAAAAUAGGUGUGUCCAAUCCUUACAGAUCAUGGAAAUCAGCCACUGAUCCUUCACCAGGGAACUACAGCAUGGGCGUUGAUCCUAAUGGAGGACAACAGAUAGUGAUAUGGGGUAAAGAGGGAAGGCGGUGGAGAAGUGGGCAAUGGAAUCUGCAGUUCUUCAUAGGGAUCCCCUAUAUGAGUAAUAAUGUUAGUUCCUUCCACGGCUUCAAAAUUUCUUUGCCUGAUGAAACUGGGACCAUGUAUAUUACAUACAAGCCACCAACCCAAGAUUUAUUUAGAUUUGUGAUAUCCUGGGAAGGUAAAGAACGGCAGUUAAAGUGGGAUGAUGAUAAGAAGAAGUGGCUACCUCUGCAAUCAGAGCCUGACCCUGAUAAUAAAUGUGAGCUUUAUAAUUAUUGUGGGAAUUAUGCGACUUGUGACCGCUCAAAUUCUCGUCGAAUCUGUAAUUGUUUAGAAGGGUUUAAACCAAAGUUUAAAGAUCAGUGGGAUCAAGAGAACUGGUCAGCUGGGUGUGAACGUAAGAUCCAACUGCAAUGCCAAAGCACGAAUCGUACAUCUCGGGAAAAUGGUAAACCAGAUGGAUUUAAGAAACUCAAGUGCACCAAGUUACCUGAUUUAGCAACCUUGUUGCCAUCUGAGGAGAACACAGAGGCUUGUGGAAAGAGAUGCUUAGAAAAUUGUCAAUGUAAAGCAUAUGCAUUUGUUACUGGGAUUAGAUGCAUGGUAUGGACAGGGGACUUGAUCGAUAUGCAGCAUUUUCAGCAAUUUCAGCAAGCUGGGAAUUUCCUGUUCUUCUAUCGCCUCCAUCAUUCUGAAUUAGAUGGCGGGAGGAAGAUAUCCAAUCUUGUGAUAGUUAUAAUUUGUGUGGUGGUGGCAAGUUUCUUGGUGGCAUCUCUAUGGCUACUAUGGAGAUACAAGAAGAAAGUGAAAGUUUCAUCAAUGCCAUGUUGCAAAGACAAGGAUGUAGCAAUUUUCGAUGUGUCCAAGUCCAAAAGAAAAGAAUUUUCAGCAGAUCUUUCAGGACCAUCUGACAUCCUUAUAGAUGAGAAUCAAGAUAAUGGGCCAGAGUUACCAAUUUUUAAUUUCGGUGUUGUGGCUGCUGCAACAAAGAACUUUUAUGAAGGAAACAAACUUGGGCAAGGAGGUUUUGGUGCUGUAUACAAGGGAGAGCUUCCUGGAGGUAAAGAAAUAGCAGUGAAGAGGCUUUCAGGAAACUCCGGGCAAGGCUUAGAGGAGUUCAAAACUGAAAUUAUCUUGAUAGCCAGACUGCAACAUAGAAAUCUUGUUAGACUAUUGGGCUGCUCCAUUCAAGGGGAAGAAAAGCUGCUGAUUUAUGAGUAUAUGCCCAAUAAAAGUUUGGACAAUCUUCUUUUUGAUGCAACCAAGAAAGCAGAGCUAGGCUGGAGAUCCCGCCUGGACAUUAUCGAAGGCAUCGCAAGAGGACUUCUUUAUCUCCAUCGAGAUUCAAGACUCCGAAUAAUACAUAGAGACUUAAAAGCCAGCAACAUUUUGUUAGACGCAGAAAUGAAUCCAAAAAUUUCAGACUUUGGUAUGGCCAGAAUGUUUCAGGGUAACCAAAAUGAAGCAAAUACAGUUCGAGUAGUUGGCACAUAUGGAUAUAUGUCACCUGAAUAUGCAAUGGAAGGCCUCUUUUCAGUAAAAUCAGAUGUUUACAGCUUUGGGGUAUUAUUGUUAGAGAUUGUUAGUGGCCAAAGGAAUACUACCUUUCGCUCAUCUGACCACACUAGUCUUCUCUCAUAUGCAUGGCGUCUUUGGAGUGAAGAUAAAGCGAUGGAUUUGGUGGAUCCUUCCAUUCGAGAUACAUGCUCUCCAAAUGAAGUGUUGAAAUGUAUACAUAUAGGGAUGCUGUGCGUGCAAGAUUCUGCAGUGCAUAGACCAACAAUGGCGGCUGUGGUGUUAUUGCUCGAGAGUGAAACUCCCACGCUCCCCAUGCCUACGAAACCUACUUAUACUUUCCUGCGGAGCGCCAUAGAAGAGGAAUAUAUAGGGGACGCUCAGGAAAUUGUAUCUUCAAAUGAUCUCACGGUCACUGUAAUAGUUGGAAGAUAGAUUGUUUUGUAGAUAAAAAUUACAUGAAAUAUAAUAUUUAAUAUUUUCUAUAUCA